CAUAGACCACUGAAAAUACAACCGUGCUUGGAAGGAACUUUGUGGAUUGUUCCACAUUAAUUAAUGGAUGUGAAUGCAAUGUGAAUGAAUAGCUGGCAACACUGGAUAAACUGUAUGCUUGUAAGGUUGUUUUAUCUUUAUACUGUAUGUGGGCAGCUGUGGCUCAAGAUAUAGAGAGGGUCGUACACAAACAAGAAAUGUGCUGGUUCGAUAUCCCCUUACAUCAGUCAGCGUGCCAAAGCGUCCUUAAAACAAGUGCGGUGAAAUAAAUGUGUCUGGGAAUAGGAAUAUAUAUAUAUAUCAUUACAUUACAUUAACACACAUAAAUAUAUAACGAUGAAGGAGCACCCAGUUGAUAUUACAAUGUCGAAAUCCAGUAAUAGUGUCCAUUAUAAAUAGUGAAGUGGCAAUAAAUCACUGACGCCAGUAGGAGGCGGCAGAGGUCAAUUAUCUAAAUCUAUCUAUGUUCCUCCAUCUAUCGAUCUCUUGUCUGUGUCAUUAAUUCCAUUUUUUUGUGGGCUGGACAAGUAGUAGGAGGCUAAUUCAGGAGAAAAGAAAUAAAUGAAUAUAAAUAUAUGGUAAUUUUCGGUUAUUUGUGUUGCUCCCUCGCGUGAUGUCUGAAGCCGGGUGGUUUUCUGUCAAUCAGCAUUGGGUCCGUGUUACCACAAAGGGCACGGACGCUGGCACGUGCGUAUAUCUUACAAAUCCGCACGCAGGGCAGACACGGAGGAUGUGUAUGCUUCCAUAGUUGUUGUUUUUGGAUUUUUUUUUUUUCUGUAUGGAGCGACGACCUCGUCACCACCUUACACACUUGGUGCGUGCGUGUGCGUGCGCGAGGGAGGGAGAGAGAGGGAGAGACGGGAGAUUUACUGGCGAUUAAGCCGCGCGCGUCCCAGCGGCUCGCUGCUCGCUCCCCGGCUCUGGGACUCCGCGGGACUCCGCGGGACGCGCCUCCUCGUCUUGUUGCGGGGAUCUCGACGCGUGAGUCGCCCGAACGCCGGCUGAUGCGGAUUACCUGAGUUCCUCGCAGUCCGGACGAGGGCUCCCGCGUCUUUUGCGGCUCUUUCGGAAGUUGUCCCGCACCCGGGACGGUCGGCACGACCCGCCCGGCGCCCAGGAGGGGAUUGCAGAGGAGGCGCCCGCUACUCAGAGAUGAAGACGAGUCGCCUCGGCCCUCUUCAGCAGAGCGAUGGACAGACAGACAGCAGAGCGGGACUAUAACUGGCACCUUCAUGGAGCCCUGAUACACAGGGCAGAGAGUAGGUAAAUGGAGGUGCAGGACAGGAGCCGCUCCCCAUCCCGUAGGACCAGCCGGGUGGAGCAGGUGGUGGGACGAUGGCUGAGGCGGUCCCGGGACUUAGGCAGCAGGUCUCACUCUCUGACCAGAGACCGGGUUGCAGUGGACGGGAAGACAGCCGAGUCAAGUGGCUCUGAUCAGAGGAAUUUCCCCUUCCGCUUUAACAUUCAGAUUCAACGGGACCCGACCCUUAACUCCCACGGCCUCACCCUCUCCUCCCAAAGCCCUAUCCUGGUACAUGAGGUCGCCCCAGGUGGUCCUGCAGAUGGCCGGCUCGUCCCCGGCGACCAGCUUGUGAAGAUCAAUAACGUCGCAGUCGAUGACCUGACCCCGGAGCAAGCUGCCGAAAUAAUCAGGGAGUGUCAAGAUACCUUGACAAUGACGGUCCUCAGAACAAUGCUGGGCCCAAAGUCGUCGUUCAUCACACCAGAGAAGAGGGCCAAACUCAGGUCCAACCCUGUGAAAGUUCACUUUGCCCAGGAGGUGGAAGUCAAUGGCCACUGUCAGGGUAACUCGCUGCUUUUCCUGCCUAAUGUGCUGAAGGUUUAUCUGGAGAACGGGCAGACCAAGGCCUUCAAAUUUGAACCCAGCACCACGGUCAAGGACAUUGUGAUGACACUGAAGGAAAAACUCUCCCUGAGCCGUAUUGAACACUUCUCCCUGGUGCUGGAGCAGCAGCACAGUAUCAGCAAACUACUGCUGCUACAUGAUGAGGAGAGGAUACAGCAGGUGGUCCAGAAGAAAGAGGCCCAUGACUACAGGUGUCUGUUCCGUGUUUGUUUCUUGCACAGAAACCUCCAGACGCUGCUGCAGGAGGAUCCCACAGCCUUCGAAUACCUUUACCUGCAGGGGGUGAAUGAUGUGCUACAGGAACGCUUUGCAGUCGAGAUGAGGUGUAACACCGCCUUGCGACUCGCUGCCCUGCACAUCCAGGAGAGGUUGGCGAGCUGUGGACACUCACCAAAGACCAACCUGAAGAUCAUUAUGAAGACGUGGGGCAUAGAGAACUUUGUGUCAUCUACAUUGUUGAGGAACAUGCGAGAGAAAGAUCUGAGGAAGGCCAUCAGCUACCACAUGAAGAAGAGCCAGACCCAGAACGACCCCAAGCAGAAGAGCCUGUCGGUCAACCAGGCACGGAUAAACUAUCUGGAGGAGCUGGCCGAUCUCAAGUCAUUUGGAGGCAAAUCCUUCAGUGCCACCAUGAUGCUCCAGGACAGGGAGUCGAUGGUGACCCUGCUGGUGGGGGCACGGUACGGGGUGAGCCAGGUGGUGAACCACAAGCUUAGUAUCCUGUCCGCCCUCACAGAGUUCACCUGCAUCACACGCAUCGAGCUGCUGCCCGAAUCAGAUAAGGUCAGCCUGGUCAAAAUAUACCUGCAGGACAUCAAGCCCAUCACAUUACUGUUGGAGUCUAUGGCGGCCAAAGAUAUGUCCUGCCUAAUAGCAGGCUACUGUCGAGUGUUUGUUGACCCCAGCCUCAACAUCUUUCCCUGGAUAGAUGACCCCAAGAAACACAGAGUGUCCGCUGAGGAAGGUUACGUGUCCCGGUGCUGCAGUGACUCAGAUGACUCAUCCGACCUAGACAUGGAACCACUAGUCACCCUGGUGUCGCUCAAAGAGAAGCCCUGCCCUCGCGCCAGAUCCUCAUCUGAUCCGGAUGGAAGAAAAAGAAAAGACAGAAGGAGAGUCAAAGAUGGGAAAGAGAAAUCUUGGGAAGAUAAAAAACAAAAUGAAGAGAAGGAUGCUGACACCGAAAAGGAAAAGUCUUUGCUUGACAAGAAAACAGAGGGUAAGAAUGAAGAAGCUGAGUACAAGACGGAGACAGGAGUGCAGGAUGGUGGACGAAUACAGAUUGAGGUGACAAACGAUGUCUCACAAGAACAAUUGGAAAAAGUGGGAGGAGAAGUGAAGGUUGGGGUGGGAGAAGAGGUGCAAGCAGCAGAGGAGCAGCCUUCCUUAUCAGAUCCAUCAGAUUCUUGUCAAACAGACUCUCGUGUCCUCACCAGCCCCUCCAGCGACUCCCUCGACGCUUUGGAGGAAGACGAUUUACUAAUGUGUUCUUCUUCCUCUAGCCAUCUCAUUGCUCCCUCGCAAACUCACCCCGACGUCCUCUCACCCCUUCAGGUUUACCCUUAUUCUCAUAGUUACGCCCAGCCUCACCUCCUCGCCCCUCCACCAGCUCACUUCCACCCUCUCAUGCACUUCACAAGUCACGACAGAGAAGGAGGGCACUACAGGAGGUCAGGCGACGGAGCCGAUCCUCACCUCGAUGCACCGGCCUCCACCUCUCAGAGCCUUCACUGCGUCCAAAAAUGUUCAAGUGACCCCUGCUCUGAUGAGAGCUCCCUGUGCUUUGCGGAGCUCUCUCGCCUCGUGGACUUCUUGCCGAGCCCUCCGGAGGCCAGCGAUGAUGAGGAGGAGGAAGAAGAGGAGUUGAGGAGGAGGAGGAGGAAAAUGUUGAAAGAAAUGGACCAGUUGGUGAGAAGAGCAGGUGAAGGAGGAAGCUUAAGUGGGGAGGGCUGUUUUCAAGAAUAUCCAUCGUCCCCCUCCUCCCACAUGGAAUUUGUGUUUAACUUUGACCAGAGUGACGCCCGCUGCUAUUACAAACUCUGCUCCAACAUCACCCCCGACAGUGCCCGUAGCCUCCCCCGCCCCCUGCACCAUAACGAAGGAGAGGACUGGGAGGAAGUGGAGGGGGAUGAGGAUAAGGCUGAGGAGCUGGAGCCAAUCCCCAUCCUCCAGCCACCACCUGGCUUUGGAGACAGCAGCUCUGACGAGGAGUUUUUUGACGCCAGAGAUCGCUUCGCCUCGCCUGAAGACCCAACCGCAGGGGCCUUGCCAAGAGAUAUUUGCACAGAGAUGAAGCUGGACUUCCUCAGCACAGUCAGUCUCAGUGACAUCAGAGUCUCUGUGACAGAUGGAGACAAUGCAACAGAAGAUAAAGACGGAGGAGAGGAGGAAGGAGGAGGAAGAGAAACGUUGUUCCAGCUCAGAAAAAGAUCUCGCAAGCGCCGUUCCUUCAUGGAAACCGAUUAUACCUCUAUGGUGUCAUAUCCAGAACCAAAUCUAGAAUCAAAGCAUGACCGAGUUUCCAAUAGGCUUCAUAAAAACCUUUUGGCAGAAGCUAUUGAUGCUCAGAUGCUGAGUUCAGAUCCUGAACCUUCAGAGCAAACCCAGAAUCCCAGCCCUACUGUCUCCUCCCUGACUCACUCUGAAGGGGAACCGACUCAGCUCGAGUCAAAACCCAUCCUGUCAAAAGCAUGUUCUCAUGGACCAAGGUCUCCUGGUUUUGUGUCCCAUGAGCAGACUCGAGAGCCACAGCCCCCCUCCAGGACCAGGAAGAAAGAAAUGGAAAUGGAACCUGACACAAUGGAAUCCAAAUCGGUCACUGCUCUGGUGAAGGCUACAUCUCCUACCAUUACUGUCGUCCGCUGCCGGGUGGAUCCAGAUGGGAAGGAGAGUGGCGAUCGGAGGGGUGAUGGAAAGGAGGAAGGGGAGGGACAGGCGGAGAUGAGUGAGGGGAAAGAGGAGGAAGAGAAGGAAGAGACAACAGGUGUGUCUGGGAAGGGGCCAUUCACUAGUCAAAUGUUUUUGCCAGAGAUUGCUGAGGAGGUACGGAAGGGGGAAGACAUUGGAGAAGAGAGGAUAGACAGAGUGAGAGGGUACAGUUCAAAGACACCACUCGUAUGUCCUGAUAGACAGUUAGAUGCCAACACACUGCCAACAUGUUUGAUGGAUAUGAAUAAAAAAGGUAGUAAUGUUUUUUUGGCAUCUCAUCUAAUUGCAAAAGAACUAAAUUCAAAUGUAGAGGAACACAAGCUUGAAGGUGUUUGCGACAAGUCAAACCCUGCGUCAUACUCACCACCCCCCCCUCCACCUUCCUCUCCUCUUCCUCCAGUACCAGUUUUCCCCAAGUCCCCAAGUCACUAUUUGGAGAGAGAAGAAGAGGAAAACAAAAACAUGGAAACCUCAACCCAAAUAUCUUCUAUGGAGUUGCCGCUUGGCAAAGAAAAUCACACUAAGAAAGCACAAUUACAUUUACAAUUCCCUCUCAUUGUUAAUGAAGAUGAAGCUAUACGUAUUGUUAAUUCUACCAUGACCACAAGCGAUGAAAUUAGCGACAGCACCAAUUCUGACAAUGUUUUCGAUGAUGAUGAGGUGAGCAGUUCCUUAAACUCUAGUUCAAGUGACAAGAAAGAUGACUGGAGUUUGGCUACAAAGCAAAUCAUCAGAUCUAAUUCAGUCACCGUCAGUAAAGGUGAGUCACAAGUGAGUAAUAAGUCUCUAACCAGCACUGAAGCUCGUACACAAAUUCAUUCGGUGAAUUCUGAUUAUACUCGUGCUAUAAACUCUAUCACAGCAAAGCUUGGAGCUGCAACUAGCAUCACAUCUCCGACGUUUAAUUCAGUUACUAAAUCAAAAAGUGCAGUGACACAAGAAAAUACUUCAUGCGCAAUUCAAAAUGUUGAUAAACCCAGAAGUGAUUCCACCAUACCAUACCCUGUUGACGCUAAAAAUAGUUUAGCUAGUCCUAGUUUAGUGACGGCUAACACAGCCAUAAUCCAUGAUCUCACCAAAGAGCCUCCUUCUCCAACUCACUUCCUCUUCCAGACCUGUUCCUCCAGCAUCAUGGGCCGAUUAUCGGCCUCAACACUUAGGGGAAAGAUUCAGAAUCUGCCCCUGUAUCUAUCGCGCUCCCAGGAAAACCUCCACCAGGCUGGUGUGGAGAAUGUAGCCCAGAGUCCCUCUGAGGAUGGCAGAAGCCAGAAUGUUGAGAUUACCAUAAAAGUCACAGAUGUUGAAGAUGUCACACAAACUAUAGAUAGUGAAAUGGACACAACUGCAGAGACAGUAGAUUCAGACGAUUCAGAUACAACAGUUACAGGAUCAGAGGUGGACGGUGAGUAUUUUGUGGCAACAACCCUAAUAGCGUCUCAUUCAGGUUUAGAGUUGAAGGAAGUUGACUCUUCAUUGCCUAUCCAGACUGAGCCCAAACCCCAACACCAACAUCAGCCUUUGUACCCAAUCCAGAACACACCGGGACCAAUAACAGAACCUCCAGCCUCUAUAGUGAACAGCCUCCAGAGAGAUACUUCAGACAUGAAGACAGACAUUCCUGGUCCUAUAAAACUUGCUCCAGAACCAAAUACAGUCACAACCCCAGGUGAAGACAAUUCAGGUUAUAAAAUUACCAAUCAGUCACCUUCCAUUCCCUCUCCAAUAGUAGUGACUACACAGAAUCUAAAUAGGGCAGGGCUUCCUUUUCAUAAUCAGUCACAGAAAGUAAGACGGACCAGUAGCGACAGGCCUUUGAUGGGUCUGUGUAGGCCUUCAGAGCAAAAUUCUAACUCACCACAAACACUUUCCUCAGGCUGCAGAGUGUUUACAAUCUGUGAAGAUCCAUCUCAAACAAAGACUCCAGCCGAGCUUCAGAGUACCCUGCCCCUAAAGUCUGAGUUUGGCUGCAGCUCGGUACUAUCAUCUGGUUGUGAGUCAGUUUUGGAGGGGGUGCAGGUACCACUAGACGCUUGUGGUUGCCCAGCAGUCUAUACCAACUGCUUUAGUGGUGGGGACAGCUUUGACGACGAGCUGACAGUCUACGAGUUCUCUCGCCGCACACAGAGCAGUGGUGUGACUGAGGCUUCAGGAGCAGGUUUUCCUCUCAUGACCUCUCCCCCUGUCCCCCUACUCUCCACCUCCUCGACCCACUCGCCCUCCUUUCCACGCUCCAUCCUCUUCUCCUCCUCUACCUCUGAGCUCAGCCCUCUCCUCUCACCGCUGUCUGACACCUCUAACUGUUUCCUGUCUCGAACGCACAAGGACACAAUCAGUCGGUUAGGUCAGCAGCGCUAUCCAGAACCCCCAAUGGGUUUCCAAGAACUUCGUGUGGAUGUCGACCAGCUCCUCUCCAUUCUGGAGGGUAGUGGUAGCGACCGAUCUGUGGUCGGUCACGGAGGUCGCCACCCAAGGGACACCUGUCCUGCUCACUUUACAGAGAACAAGCGGGUACUCCAGAUUGAGGCCCGGCGUCUGAUGUCAAGCUGCCAGAAGGUAGUGGGGAUUGGACAGAGCCCAGAGGAAAUGCUUCACUCCCUGGCAGACAGCUUCCGGACACUGGUAGAGUUGGCUGGCCUAUGCCUGUGGUUCUCCGGUUGUGACAGGUGUGACCGGAGGAAUGCAGAGGCAGUUGCAGGUCUGGCAGAUGUGGCCCGCUCUUUCAGGGACUUCUGUCUGGCAGCAGAGCGAGCCAGCAGCAAGCGAAGCUGCCAGGACCUGAGCACCAAGCUGCUCGCCAAACAGUGCACUGCGCUCACCGCCUCCGUCUUCUGCCUCACUCAGUUGUUCCGCACCCUCACUGCACUUUGAGCGGACUACAGCCUCUGAAGAAUUUGAAAUUACCUUCCAGCUACCUGUUGUGUGUGACCUCAGAUAUAUGGGGUCACCAGAGACCAUGCAGCUCAGUCACCUGGGACAGCGAGUUUCGAAUGGGCAGUAAAGAGGGAGGUGAGGUUACCAGGGAUCUCCACGACUGUUCAAACCACCACAGAAUCUCUCACCAUCAUAGGGCCAGUGUGUUAGGUUUACAUGGCAAAGUUUGGUUGAGAUGCAUGUGGUGACUGACUAUAUGCUGUAUGCACGUACUGUAGCCCACAAACCACAGUCAGGCAACAACUCACUGUGGAGUGGUGCAAGCUGCUAAAGCAGAACCUGCUUGCAUUCCAGUAUUGAAGAAGUGAUGUACAUGAAUGUAUUUAAUGUUGUCUAUUAUCCUUAUUAAUUUAUUAUUUUAUCCAAUCGAUGAGUGUCUGAGCAAGCAAGCAAUGUAAAGAUAAGGAAGGAAGACAUUUAGAAAUGUUUACAGGCAUACCCUAGGAACAGUGGCGUGUGAGAGUAGAGGGUCUUUUACAAGCACAUAAACCCUCAUACACAGAAAGUGAAUCAAUCUUUGAUUCAUCCAUUCAUACCCAGGCCCACUGACUGAUGAUGUGAACUUUAUGUCCUCUGAUCUUCUGAUAAGAGACACUGCAGUUUACUGAUGCAUAUAUACGUAAUGUUCUCCAGGCAGACAGUGAGGACUUCUCUGAAUGUUACUGUUUACAAACCAAAAGCUAGAGCAAGGAAAUGAUUUGAUGGAUUCAUGCAAAUCAAGCCUGAAGUUUGCCAUUUUAUAAAUAUAGUAGCAGAAUGCUGAUGUAUGCCCAUUAUAUGACUUUAUAAAACAAUCAUUUGAAUGAGGUAUGGUCCUUCACACAUUGAGUGUGUUGUCAUUUUGCACAGACGUUUGGUUUGAUUUGAUCUCAAUAUAAUGCAUUUAACUAGCUUUUCUCUCAUUGGUUUGUUGGCACUUGCUUUCUCAACCUCCAGUUGAAACACUGAACGCUCCAGUGCAUGUUGAUGUGGCUGUCAACCUCUGGUCUUUUCCAUACAUUGUUUAUGUUUUUUUAUUUAGUACUAACAUUUGUCCAUUGAUAACAAGCACCUUCAUUCUAAAUGAGACCUGGUGAAGAUGCUGCCCUACAGAUAUUAAUGGUAAACUGUAUAGUUUUAUGGGAAUUUUAAGUAUUUAUUUCACACUUGACGCUGUCUGAGCUUUUGGGACAGUCAGGAGGGACGCUGACAUACCUUGACUUAGACUACACUGUCGCUUACACUUAGUGCAUUAUUACCACAGAUUUUCCUAUUUUGACCACAAAUGGUAUGAAUCCUGUGACUUAAUAUGGGCACAGAUAGCCCUAGUAGUACAGGAAGACAGUAUGCAGUACUGUCGGCUCUCUUAAUAAUUUUUCCUUAGCCUUUGAUCAACAUGCUAAGAAGGAGUGUCAGCAAAUAUCAUUUACGCUGAUCCAAUCAUUGGUUGACAGCCUCUCAUCAGAACUCAGCUCAUCGAAAAUUAGGCACACUGAUCACAAAACUAUUUGCAAAUCACUAAUUUCCCUAAAGCUUAUUGUUGUGGAUAAGCUGAUGUAUUGGAGCAUUUUCACUUACAAUCUUAAAAUGGAAAGGAUUAGUGCACAUCGGACCUGCAUGUUCACUGGAGAGAUGCAAGUUAUCGGAAAUGUUUCACCUCUACAGUACUUGGAACACAAUAUAUUUUGAAGGAGUGUUUCUAUUUGUAUGCAUAAUCACAAUUGAAACACUUUUAUUUGCUAAUGUGUAGUGUUUUGUUCCCUUUUGUUUGUAACAGAAUAUAAUUUCCUGUACUUUACUCCCAAAGAAAAACUAAUUUUAACACUAUCUCCAUGUGGAAAUUUCCCCCAAACAAUCGACGGAAUGGAUUCUUUUCAUCAUCAUCAUCUGUGCUCACGAAGCAUGCUGUAAUAAGCCAUAAAAUGCAUUGUUGUUUCUUCAGGGAUUUUAUCUGUGAAUGACUGAAUGAUGAUGUCUGCUCCUGCUUUGUAAUGCUCAAUUGUCACCAUUAAAAACAAUGUCAA